GGCGGCGUUUUCAUUCCAUCGUGACGCACAGAGCUCUCUAUACGCUGUAAUGAAUUGAUAGUAAUUUAUUUAUAUGUGUCUAUGUUUCAGGUGGUCGCUUUGACGCCAGCCACUCUCAUUCCGGUACGGUUGACGACUCGGUUCGUUUUGGACUCGGCAGUUUUCGGAGUUGCAACGAGACUGUGUUGCAUGCCGGGGUAGUGGCGGACCCUCUCUUUCCGCGAGUGGGAGGACGGACGUCACUGUUUGUCCCGGAGUCAGGGAAAAAAUGGCGGAGGCUGCCGCGGUUUCUCAACAUCGCUUCUUCUGUCACUGCUGUAAGGGUGAAGUGAACCCCAAACUGCCGGAGUACAUUUGUCCCAGGUGUGAAUCCGGAUUCAUUGAAGAAGUCGCAGAUGAUUCCAGCUUGCUGGAAAGCGGUGCCAGUGCUAUAAAUGAUGACGCAGCCACACAGUUUGCAGAGCUGUGGCACCUGCUCUUCGUGGAGCGCCCCUUCUCUCUGGACCUGGACAGCCGGGAGUCUGCGGAGAGGCAGCAGCUGAGCGGGUCGGAGCACUGGGGCCCUGGCCGGCCCACCCGACUCCAGAGCCAGAGGAGGUACCGGAGCAGAGGCACCACGAGGCCUGAGCGAUCCCCCGCCGUUGAGGGGAUUGUGCAGCAGUUCCUGGCCGGUCUCUUUGCAAACUCUGGAGUGCCCGGCUCCCCGCCUCUCUCAUGGACAGGCAUGCUUCACUCCAAUCCCGGGGACUACGCGUGGGGACAGGGAGGGCUGGACGCGGUCAUCACACAGCUCCUCGGACAGUUUGAGAACACAGGCCCACCUCCGGCUGAGAAGGAGAAGAUCGGCUCCCUGCCCACAGUGACCGUCUCUCAGGAACAAGUCGACUCUAAUGUGGAGUGCCCGGUCUGCAAAGAGGAUUACUCUCUGGGAGAGCCGGUCAGGCAGCUUCCCUGCGGUCACCUCUUCCACAGCGAUUGCAUCGUGCCCUGGUUAGAGAUGCACGACACCUGUCCAGUGUGUAGAAAGAGUCUCAGCGGCGAAGACUCCACAAGGCAGAGCCUAGACCCCCCCAGCCUGAACGGAGAGGCCAGACCCCAGGAGCGGUGGUCCUUCUAGAGGUGUCCCCACCCCACCCCUCCCUCCCCCUCCCCCUUCUUCCAGUAACAAAUACACAAUGUAUUCUUUGGACCUUACUGGGGAAAAAACAAACAAACAUUUAAUUCAUUGAUUUUACAGACCUGUAUAUCUUGUAAGAACCGUGGACACAGCGCCAAAACAGAACCGGUCCAAACCAUCUUAAAAUCCACCUGGUUUUUGUCUCAGAACUACCAUCUAACCCACGUUGACUAAUAGAGUGCUAGCCAUGGCAAGUUUAUCUGAAGUAGUGCUAGCCAUGGCUUGUAUGCCUAUUAAAGGAUUGCUGGCCAUGGCUUUUCAAGUUUUCUGUUCUCCUGUUAGCACAGUUUCGUCACAGGUUGCAAAGUUGAUCUCUGCUUUUUAUAUAAUAUAUAUCUGGGUUUUUUUAUACUUUACGAUUUUGACCUGAAGGCGUUGCUACGUUUCCGAUGAAAGCUUGCUGCUUGCUUGCUGGCCCCGCGCGUCCCGCGUUGGAAUUCGCUCCAAUGGGACGGCUGCAAUCGCACCAUGUGAUCCGCGUGGGGGGGGUUUACCGGUAGCAUCAGAAAAUAUUUGUGAAAAAUAUUCUCUCCACAGUAAAACAGGGCUGUCCAAUCAAUCCAUUUGUUUUUCUCUAUCAAUGUAAUUGUAUCAGUUUUGUUGCCAAUUUGCAAUGCGCGUGUUCUCACUUCUCUUGUGGAUUGUGAAUCGUUUUUAUUUCAAUUCUUCCCUGGCUUGAGGAAGUGUGCAGCUGUGACGUUUGAUUACACGAGAUUAACAGCCUCCCUGUGCUCUGUAAAAGAGAAGGGGAGGCUCUUAUAAUCUCUGAACAGCCUCCCUCUGCUCUGCUGGUGGAACAGAGAAAGAGAAAGAGAGGCUCUUCUACUCUCUGUACAGCCUCCCUCUGCUCUGCUGGUGGAGCAGAGAAAGAGAAAGGGAGGCUCUUAUACUCUCUGAACAGCCUCCCUCUGCUCUGUGCUGGCGGAGCAGAGAAAGAGAAAGGGAGGCUCUUUAAACUCUCUGAACAGCCUCCCUCUGCUCUGUGCUGGUGGAGCAGAGAAAGGGAGGCUCUUAUACUCUGACCAAUAUACAAGAUUUAUUUUUAUUUACCAUGGAAGUUUUUGAAGUUACCAUAAAGCAUAUUUUCAUCAUCCAUAUUUUUUUUUUUCCCCAAAUGUGAGCUCCACCCUUAACCAACCUCAGCCUUCGGUAUGCUGUCCAGCAUUGAGAUCCCGGGAUGGGAAUCAGACUCCUAUUGCACAGCAGUGUCACCCAUUCCAGGUUUUACUACCAGCUUGAUCAGCCCCAGUGUGUCUAGCUAACAAGCUCAGGUGUGUCUUAUUCUUAAACUCCUAGUGAAACCAGGAAUCAAAACGCUGUGCAAUGGGAGUCUUAUUUCCAGUUGAUGUAUUUGACAGUUGGAUGGUUUAUAUAAAAAAACGUGUCCAAUUAAUCAAAUCAUUAGACCAGUUAAGUAAUUGAGAGCUCAGGGGGGGUGGGACGGGAGACACUGCGGUCCUCUCCAGGAGCUGAGUUUUACACCCCGGUGGUAGAGCUUGGAACUUCGAGAUGCUUGUGUGGCGAUCCCCUCUGUGCCCCCCAGGGGGCGCUGUUUCCCUGUUCUCUAGCAAAGCUGGGGGACAGACCACGGCUGAAAGUGUGACAGUGCGCUGGAGGGCUUGGUGUGUGUUUUUUUUUCAGUGGCUUAAUCCACAAGCGACUUGAAACGGCUCUGUUGAGCAUUCCUCUUAUUAGAAGAAACUCUGUUUUAAAUCUCAUGAUUGUGAUCAGCUGUCGUUUUGGUCUGUGAAUGCCUUUGUUUUAACUUUGUGGUUGUUUUUUUUUUCUCAAUUGUAAUAACCACCUUGAAUCUCCAAACGGAAAAUUAUAUCCUAGCACAGUUAACUACUAACUUCCCUUCUAUUAGAAGAACUAGAAACAGGGAUGGGAAUCAGACUCCUAUUGCACAGCAGUGUCACCCAGUCCAGGUUUUACUACCAGCUUGAUCAGCCCCAGUGUGUCUUAAUUUUAAACUCCUAACGAAAUCAGGACUGGAUCACACUGCUAUGCAAUGGAAGUCCUGUAUCCGUCCCAGUAGAAGCCCAUUCCUUAUCUUUGUGUUGAUUUUAUCACAGCACCCCACACACUGAAAUUAUCACAAUGGCAGACCGGUCUCCUUGCUCCCCAGACCAGUGCGUCAUCUCUGCUGGUUCCUCGCAGUCUCCAGAUGUUUCUUCUGUGAGUUUGGCACAGCGUUGCAGAGCAGGGGUGUCGCAAGCAAGGUCCUUCUGGUUAUUCCAACUUGAGCUCUCGAUGAACUUCAUUGAUCAAAUUAUUUGUUCAGUUGGACAGAUUAAAGCAGGUGGCUUAGGGGUCCAGUGUUUAAAGAAAGGGGCUUGUUACCAGGAAAUCCUAUUGGAAGUGACUCUGCAGCAGCAGCAGCAGUUGAUGAAGCCCAGUUCACUUUGGAUAAAAGCGUCUGCUGAACGACUAAUUCAUAAAACAAGAAUAUUUUUAUUUUCAAUGUCUUUUUAAAGGAUUUAAAAAAACGCACCUGAUUCAGAUGCAUUACCUAUUAAACAUUUUGAGGCUUGGAGAGAGGUGUUUAAUUAGACCAAUGAAGUAAUUGAGAGCUGACGUUGGAAUGAAAGUUUGACCCCCCCCCCGUGCUCCUAAACUGAGUUUUGACCCCCCUCUGCUCUAAAGCUAUUCUGAUCUCGGUUGCAGAAAUUUAUUUUGUGGAACCCGCCUCCCCAAAACCUGGCCCAGCCCUUAUAUAAUAAGCCACAUAGCCAUCCCUGUAAAUUCAGAAGCUGUGAGAAGCAUAGAGAGAGUAGACUGGAAAGCUGUUCAGCUGUGGCCACACGUUGCAUCACCUAGAAUUUUAGGAAUGAGACAUAAUUAAAAAAUAAAUAAAUAAAUAAAUGAACAUAAUUUUGAUCUUUUUAUUGAACAUCAUGCGAAAGAAACUACAAAAUGAUAUCGAAUAAAAAAAGAAAAAGUCUACCGCUAGGAAGCUAUACUGGAGUAGUUCUAUUAUUUCAUGUUAGAUUUUGAAAUGUCGCUUUUCAGUUUUGUACGUUUUUUGUGGGUGGAGAAACUACAGAGCCGUGUGUAAUUCAAUAUGUUAACAAGCUGACAUUUAUUCAGCAGCUUUCAUUUGACUUUAAGAAGCUAAAUGAGUCUCUAUAGAGGGUGAUGCAAAACAUCUGGCUACAGCUGUGCAGACACAGGGGUUCUCCCAGUAUGAUCCCCUCCACAACCCGGAACCUGUCAAUUCCAGAACAAUAUCAAAGUCUUGCCUGCUUAUAAAAUCAAUCUGGCUGUGCGGUCCGCCACAGAGUCCUGUGGCUUUUUUUUCUGUUGAAAAUUAUAAUGAAGUAUGAAAUAUGAGGUUGAAAAAGUUAUACCAUUUUUGAAUUAGUGGGUGUGCCUGGAGCGUACGUCUACUGUGUGUAGUGGAAUUGGAACGAGUGUUCAAAUAGUUUUGUCCGCCUGUGUUGUUUUUGUUUGGGUGGGCUUGGGAACAUCAUGCGAUUCUGCAGCACCUCCCUAAUCCGGCACAAUCGCCUGGUCCCAAUCGAUGCUGGAUUAGACAGGUUUCACUGUAUAUAGAGAGAGAUUUAUAAAUAAAGAAAUGUACAUUUUGAUGUCUACCUUUGUUCAUCUGUGAACGCUGUUCCCUAUUCCGUUAGAGUGAAUGUUUUCAGUGAAUGCACGCUAUGUUAAUGCAACAUAAAUACUGAAUUUUUUGUCUGGUUAUUGCUGUAUUGUUAAUUGAACUAAAUAUUACACCAGUGUGCGCCUGUAUUUGAACACCCCAUUGCUUCUGGAGUUCUGAUUUACUGUGUGUCUGAAAUCAAACCACUGGGACUGAAAAUCUGGAGGAAUUGUCCAAAUAGGCAAAUUAUCGACUGUCUAAUUGAAUUGAUGCCUUUAAUAGGCCACCCAUGCAAUUAAUUUAAAACAGUAAAGAGAAAAGGAACACAGCCAAGCACGAUAAAACGCAGGAGACUUUUUAGAAGUGGUUUAAGACUAAUUAAAGCACAGAGCGGUCUGAUAUUUUCACACACGAGUGUGUUUCUAUAUCCCUGAUUACUGAGCAGAGAUUGAAAUUCUCACCCCCAGAGGUGUUUUCAUGCAGGCGGGUGUAUAGAGGAUAUCAAUGACACAUCUGGAGCUGUUCAGAUACAGUUGCACACUGCUGUAAGCAAACUGAGUUAUAAGGGAUCGCACAUUCUCAUAUGACUUUUUUUGACUUAAAUUAAUCAGUGCUGUUUUAAUUAGUGAAGUAAAAAGUCACAAUGUGUUUUUUUUUUUUCCAGCAGGUUUACAAUUACACUACAGUUUCCAAACGACUGCUCAGUAAUUAUGUCAUUAGUACAGCCUGAUUCACUGUGCUAACGCUCAGCUAAAUGCUAAAUCCUACGUGCUCCAUCAUGCAUUGCGUUUUUUAUUUGACUAAUUCUGCUGUAGGCUGCCAAUUCCAGCCAAUGUACAUAUUAUUAUUAUUAUUAUUAUUAUUAUUAAAAUUCUUUAGUUUGGAUUUACAUUUUUGUAAAUAAUUUUAGGUUUUCUGUUUAAAAAAAAAAGAAAUAAAUGUAUCACUUUGCUCACCUUUAAAACAAAUAAAAUCACAACAACACAAUCGCUCCAAUUUUACUUGUGUAAAAUAAGUGUUUUAAGAAUGUGUUAUUUUAACACAGGCUUCCUGAAACUCUGAAUAAAGUGCAUGUAAAUAUCA